CGACCGCGCGUACGGCUAUAGGAUACCAGACAGAUGCACCAAGUCCUGUUCAUCGACGAAAUUCUUCAAGAAAUAUUUCAUUGGUGCUCUGUUCUGGAGGUCAAUGUCCUAUCUCAAGCAGCCAGAACGUGUCAAGCGUGGAAGGAGCCUGCCCUAGAUGCGCUGUACAGACAACUUCCGUCGAUAGAGCCAUUAUGGUCCCUUUUACCAUCCUUGAAAGGAGGAGAGGAGGCGAACAUACCUUCAGAUGAACUUCAGGUUUUCCGCUCCUACGCCCGGCGCGUCAGACACAUAACUCAUACCACUCGCAGUACCAAAAUCCUCCAAAAUCCAUCGAGUUGUGCCACUCUUUGUAGCAGGAACAGCUACAUAUUUCCUAAUUUAAUAACCGCGAAGUUCAGGCUGUCCAAAAGCAGCCCGCAUCCUUCUUUCUGCCUUUCACCUCGACUCCGAGAGCUUCAAUUGGAUGUAGGAUUCUCAGCCAAAGAUUCAAGCUCGGGAGGGCUUGAAUAUCUUCGGGAAAUUUCUAUCGUUGCUUGUUACCUACAAAGCCUCACGUUUCGGGGUUUGGUACCGGACCAGUUUGACAAUAUAAUUCGGUCCAUGUCAACCCUUCAUACCCUCUUGUUACGCACUGGAAGAUCGGUUACAGCGGAUAUCAUAGCUUCUAUCUCUACGCUACCUCAUCUUAAUUACCUUGAGCUCCAUGCUCAACAUCUGGAACCUUUCCAGAUCGAGGAUACCUGGCGCUCUGCCUCCGGACCAUUACGCUUCCCUGUCCUGCAAAAUUUGCGUCUGCGUUCUACUCCCGACUUUGCCAUCCUCGUUCUCCAGAAUGUGCAAUCGACCGCAGUCCACACGCUCAGCCUCGAUAUCGAAACUCGUGACCAGACCACUCCAUUCUGGCGAACCAUAUUUAAUGUCCUGCAGGAGAGGUUUUCUACCUCCCUGGAACAUGUGUCCAUCACGCACCAUUUAGAACUAGAUCAUGAUAUACCCUUAGACAUAGACCUCAUAAACACCAUCGACUUCGCUGCCUUACGCUCUCUUUCCCGCUUACGGGAUCUUCGACGCCUUCACUUUGACACGACAGUACCUAUGGACAUAGGUACUGAGGAUGUCAUCCAGAUGGUGACAUGGUGGCCGAACCUCAAACAUUUGGAGAUGUGGUCCGAGAGCGUGGUGGAUUGUGACGAGAAUCCUCGUCGUCUCAACCCCGGUUCCACUUCCAGGCUCACCUUAGAUGUACUUCCCGUCAUCUCUGCAUCACUCCCAAAAUUAGAAUUUGUCGCCCUCCCUGUAGAUACCUCUGGUAUUACGGAGGAGAUUGUUUCCGGUUUGCAAGUUCCCGGCCACCGCAAUUUGCAAGGAAUAUCAUUCUCCUAUCCUCAUGCACCCGACACGACUCUGCUGCCACAGUAUCUUCGUAAAAUAUUCCCCGCUCUUCGGCAGGUCGGACGUGUAUCUGGACAUGAUAGGCUAUGGGAAUCGGUGGUUACUGAAGCGUGCGACCACACACGAUCCGCCUUAUGAUAGAUUUUUCGUCAUAGACGAUGGUUAUUACUUAGAUGAAGAUGCAUAGACGCACUAUAUACAAGUUGUUCAAACUGAUCUCUAUGGUACAUCUAUUUAUCUAAUACAGCAG